AUGGCUGCCACCCUCCUCGAAGUCAUGAGCGACCUGCCCUUGAAGGAACCCGAGCCCAAAAAGGAGUCCGUCAUGGUGGAGUUCAAGGUGGCUGGGCUGAAGAGCUUUCAACUGGAGUGCCCGUGUGAUGCCGCCGUGCGUGACAUCAAGAAGCUUGCGAUGGAGCAGUGCAACAUUGAGCCGGAGCACAUGCGCCUGAUCUACAACAGCCGCCAGUUGAAAGAUGCCGACACCCUGGAGUCCUACAACGGCGAUGCGCCCAUUCAGGUCUUCUUCACAGCCGGCCACGUCGCCAUGAUGGGCGGUGUCGGAGGAACAGGAGGAGGGCCCCGUGGGGGUCACGGCGCCCAACCACAGAAGCAUCCCUUCUCCACACCAGUUCGGGGCCUUCCGGGCUCCAAGGGCCUCCGCUCCUCCCGCGUCUCGGGUCGCCCUGGUGGCAUGGCCCUCAUCCGCAAGUAUGGCAUCAUGAUGAAGCGCCAGGAGUUCCGCGAGAAGGCGGAAGAGAUUGGCUUCAUCAAGUACCGCUGA